AUGAUGCAGCACAAGGAGAGGAUGAUCAAGCUUCGAUUCCAAUUCAACCUGCAGUUGCUGCCAGCAAGCGACAGCGCGAAAAGCUUUGGAGAUGAUGAGGAGGCACAUGGACCCAUACUUGAGAAAAAGACAGGAAAACUCAAGGCAUCGGGAGUGCAAACCACGACAACUGCGAUCGCCGGAUCAAAAACCACGCAGAUUUCUGGACCAGGUGAAUACAGUGCAGAGCGCCUCAAGGAGCUACAGAAGAACACCGUGCAGUUACCAGCUUCCAAGAAGCCUGACAAGCCAUCAUCUGAGUCCAUUUUCAAGCUCUCUGGCAGCUUCAAGUCUGCAACUGCUCCGAAAGAUGACCGUUUUGAGACAACCACGCAUGUGAUUCCACACAAUGAUGAGGAGGAGCAGGACAUGCCGCCACCGCCUCCUCGUCCUAAGUCUGCGGCAAAUGGCACAGGCAGCCACAUCUUGCAGCAGCCUUGCGCUGCAGCCCCUGACGAUGACGACGAUGAUGUGUUUAUUCCAGAUGCUGACACAAUCAGGAAAGCCAAGGAAAAGAGGGAACGGUUGCGGUCUGCACAUCUGGCGCCAGACUACCUCCCCUUGGGUGGCACCAACGCUUUGAUGUCCAAGGAUGGCAAGGAGCAAGUUGGUAUGCGCGGAGGCAGUGAUAGUGAGGAGGAGGCAGAGGAGCAGAUGCGUAUCAGCUUCUUGGGCGAUGUCAAGAAGGGUGGAAGGGCGAGCAAGGGGGUACUGGCAGGUGUAGCAGAUGAGGUGCAUCAAGGGGAUGAGGAGGAUGAAGAGGACUGGGCAAGGGAGCAGCUGCGGAAGGGCGUGGGUCUGUCGGCCGAUCAGAGGCCCAGCACAUCGGGCCGUGGGGCCAUGAAUGGGCGCGCACUGGGGGAAACCCCGGCUGCUACAGCGCUGGCGGCUCGGCCGCAGAGCGAGGCGGUCGCAUCGGCUGGGGAGGAGGCGACACAAACUGGGACAGAGAAGCAGCUUGCGCGCACAGCGGUCAGCCUGCAGAACAGCAUGGCGGCCGUGGCCAGCCUGGAGAAGGAUCUCAGCGCAGCCGGGGAGAAGUUCACCUUCCUGCAGGACAUGCGGGCAUACAUCGCCGACCUGUGCGACAUGCUGCAGCAAAAGGCAGCGCUGGUGGAAGUGCUGGAGGACCGGCUGCUGGAGGCGAGGGAGCACCGCGCGGUGUCUGCGGCUGAGCGCAGCGCGGCGGAUGAGGAGGAAGAGGAAGGCCCCGCCUCCGCCGCCGUCUCUGCCGCCAUGGGCUGGAUCUGUCGUGAUCACCACAUGGGGCAUCAAAGCAGGAAUUUACUGGUGUGUGUCACAGCGGCGGGGGCCGCGGCUGAGUCAGCGGCCGGGCAGGCCGAGGAGGAGCUGGCGGGCAGGUCGGGGCCAGCUGAGCUGGACGAGUUCGGGCGCGAUGUCAACCUUAUGAAGCACAAGGAGGCCGAGGCGCGCACACAGCGGCGUCGCGAGCGAGCUCAGCGAGAGCUCGAUCGCUUCAGCCGCGAGCAGGGCGGGGUGGAGCCGAGGUGGGGCGAGGAUACGACAGAUGAGAGCGAGGGUGAGGUGGCGCACUACAACGGGCGCAGGCGGGAGAUAGUGGACAGCGCCGUUACAGUGUUCAACGAUGCUGCCGAAGAGUUCGCCUCCCUGCCUGCCUUGAAGGCGCGGCUGGAAGCCUGGAAGACCAGCCACAGCAGCACGUACAGGGACGCAUACAUGUCCCUGAGCGCAGCGGCGGUCUUUGCGCCCUUUGUGCGAGCGGAGCUGCUGCAGUGGGACCCCCUGUACGCAGGCCCUGCUGGCUUUGACGGGCAGCAGUGGUACGGGCAGUUGUUCGAUUACGGCAUGGCGGCCUCCGCGGGGCCGGGGGAUACGGACGAGGAGCUGGUGCCCAAGCUGGUGCGUGAGCUUGUGCUGCCGCUGGCGCAUCACGCUCUGCGCUCUGUGUGGAACCCGGCCAGCCGCCGCCAGACGAAGGCUGCUGCCGCGCUGCUUGCCGACCUGCUCGUCUAUGUGCCACCCGACGACCCCAAGAUGCAGGAUUGCCUGGCGGAGGUUCGGUCGCAGCUGGAGGAGGCGGUGCAGAGGCUGCGGCUGCCCAAGUGGCCGCGCGCAGCUGCCAGCACAUGGCGGCCGGCCUCCGUGCUGCUGGCUCGCCGCUUUGGCAAGGCGCUGCGGCUGCUGCGCGCUGUCGCGGCCUUUGAGGGCACCCUCGCUCGCGGCCCCCUCUGCGCGCUCGCCUUUGAGCGCCUGCUGCCUCAGGUGCUGCCAUAUCUGCAGACGACGGCGUCUGAUCUGCCGGUGGCGCUGGACAGAGCCGAGCGGCUGGCGGCUGCGCUGCCGGCCUCGUGGUUUGAAGCCGGGGCGCCCAAAAGCGCGCAGGGGCUCCUGGACUUCCUGGGCGGCCUCGCUCGUCACCUGGAGUCCCAGCGCACGGACAAGAGGAACGCGCCUCACGCGCAGCGCCUGGUGCAGAUGCUCACCAAACUCGGUGACACCGCCCGCGCUGGCCGCCUCGCAGCGGCGUACGGGCCGUGA